AUGGCGUUAGGCAUCCUCGAAGACUCGAAGCUCGAUAACGUCCCUGGGACAACGUACGUGCUGGACGACGAUGGCAGCUCCGUCGAGACGCCCGUUCCCGGGGAGUCGCAUCUGAAAUACGACACAAAUGGCCCUGUUCCUAUCAUUCUCGUUCCGCAGCCGAGUGACGACCCCAACGAUCCCCUGAACUGGCCACGAUGGAAACGAGACACGAUUUUGAUCAUUCUCUCCAUCACCUCAGUGAUAUGCGCUACCACGUCUGCCAUCAUGGCCGCCAACACGGUUACAAUCGCACUCAAUUACACCAUUGAUUUCACCCAGGCAGCCCUCUUGACAGGAUACCAUCUCUGCGGAGUCGGGGUCGCCGGUAUCAUAAUAGUACCUACCGCCAGAGUAUGGGGGAAGCGACAUCUCUUCUUGCUCGGAAACCUCAUAAUCGUCAUCUCCUGCAUAUGGGCCGGCCUCAGCAAACGUAGCCAUGUUAGCUUGAUCUGGGCGAGAAUCUUCCAGGGAGUCGGCCUCGCUCCCUUCGAAGCCCUCGUCAACGCUGUCGUUGGCGACCUCUUCUUCGUCCAUGAGCGCGGAAAACGCAUGGCCCUGUCCAACGUUGCGCUUUUUGGAGGCGCAUUCCUCACUCCCGUCAUAGCUGGCAAGAUGACCCAUACCUUGGGCUGGGAGUGGACCUUUUUCUUCAUUGCGAUCUUCUCCGGCGCCUGUCUGCCGCUCCUCUUCUUCUUUGUCCCCGAAACUGCCUAUAGGCGCGCUUCACACCUCAACACAGACAUUUUAGGGGACGUAGAUCGACGGGCUUCCAGAGGAGCUACGCAAGCAGCUAUUGAGAAGGAGGCGGACGCUGACUCCGGUGCCGGGCCUAGUUCAGCUGCCGCGGCUGCAAACGGUGAUACCACAUCAGCCGAGUUACCACCAAAGGCUACAUUCGUCGAAUCACUGGCCCUAUUCAAUGGUCGCAAGACAGACGAGAGCUUUUGGAAGCUUCUUCUACGGCCAUUCCCACUCUUUUUCCAUCCUAGCAUUGCCUGGGCAUGUCUUAUACAAGGUGUCAUCAUUGGCUGGACAGUCUUCAUUGGCGUAGUCCUGGCCGCACUCUUCCUCGGUCCACCACUCUGGUUCUCAGAGGAAAAGACAGGAUACCUCUACACCGGCGCUUUCAUCGGAUCCGUCGUCGGCCUGUUCCUAUCAGGCCUCUUCUCAGACUGGUCCGCCAACUUACUUAUCCGCGCCAACAAGGGCAAAUAUGAACCUGAAUUCCGUAUCUGGCUCGUCCUACCGCAGCUAAUAUUCAGCGGUAUUGGCCUGUUCGGGUUCGGGUUUGCUUCCGGAGACGUAACCAAGUACGGAUGGGUGAUACCAGAUGUCUUCUUCAUGUUUGUUCUUAUCGGCAUGGUUAUGGGCGCCGUAGCCAGUGCCCUGUACAUCGUCGAUGCUCACCGUGAAAUUGCCAUCGAAGCGUUCACUUGUUUGCUAGUGUUCAAGAACAUGUUCAGCUUCGUGCUCACUUACUUUGCGUACAACUGGGUGGUUCUCGGUGGAGCCAAGAGAGUCUUCCUCAUCAUUGGCGGCAUCGAAGUAGCCGUCUGUUUGCUCAGUGUGCCCAUGUACGUCUUCGGCAAACGUAACCGCUCGUUUUUCCAUCGUUACGACAUUCUCAAGAUGCUUAAUUUGUGGUAG